AUGAAUAUUCUAAUUCUAUCCUUUUUAUUAUUUGUUAUUUACCUUCUAAUGGAUUUAAUUCGAAAGAAUAAGAAACAAACAAAGAUUGAUCCACCUAGUCCAUUUGCCCUACCUUUAUUUGGUAAUCUACUUCAGAUUGGAUCACUACCUCAUUUAGGUCUGGAGACCAUGGCAAAGAAAUAUGGACAUGUCUUUAGAUUUUGGAUGGGCGAUGUCUAUGCUGUUGUUGUGUCGGACCCCGAGGUCAUUAGGGAGAUCAUGGUAAAGAAGUUUGAUAACUUCUCCAAUCGUCCAAAGACACCCUCAUUCCAGGUUAUGAGUCGAAACUAUGUCGAUUUGGCUAUGAACCAUGAUGAGCAAUGGUAUCACAUUAGAAAGUUGGUCUCCAACGCCUUCACCAAAACCAAGUUGCGUACAAUCAGCAAUGUUCUGGAUGAACAGGUUGACCAUUUAAUCCGGAAGAUGAAUGAAUACGAGAAGAAUAAACUACCAAUGUACCCAAAGAAGUAUUUGCAGAAGUAUACACUAAAUAUGAUAUUUAGUAUUAUGUUCUCUGAUGAGAUACCAUAUGAGGAAGAGGAGAAUGAGGGUAGGAUGGUUCGUUUGUGUAGAUCAAUGCACAUAAUUAUGCAGCAGGCUGGUUCAGCCAACUUUGGUGAUUGUAUCAAUAUCUUGAGACCACUUAGAUCACUCUGGUUCAAGCUGUUUGGUUCCGAGAUGGACAAUGUAUUCAAAAUAACAGAGGAGAUCUAUGAUGAACACUGGGAAACACUUGAUAAGAAUAACCCAAGAGACCUGUUGGACCACUUGAUCAUUGACUCGAGGGGAUUGAAGGAUAAGGAGUCGGUCAUUAUGAUUGGCAAUGACUUUAUUGUGGCUGGAAGUGAGACAAGUGCUACAACAUUAGAGUUGUUCUUGAUGUUUAUGAUCAACAAUCAAGAGAUACAGGAAAAGAUGGCUGGGGAACUAGAAGGGGUUGUUGGUCUGGGCAACCGUGCUACUCUCUCUCAUCGGGCCAAUUGUCCCUACAGCAAUGCUGUGAUCAAGGAGGUGAUGAGGAUCAUGCCAGUGACACCACUGGGCAUACCUCGAGAGGCAAAGGAAUCAAUUAUCAUUGCCGACAAGUAUUUCAUUCAAAAGGGUGCCACUGUGAUCAUCAACCAACGUGCAUUGCAUCACAACACUGCUCACUGGGUCAAUCCAGAGAAGUUCAUGCCAGAGAGGUUCCUAGUGGAGGACGACAAGCACAAUGAUUACCUACAACCAUUCAGCAUGGGUCCUCGCAAUUGUGUCGGAUCGAACCUUGCCAUCGAGGAGUUAUUCGUUGCCUGUGCCAACAUCAUAAACCGAUUCAAACUGAACUCUAUCGAUGGCAAACCUGUGAAUGAAGAAGAGUUGUUUGGACUGGCGAUAGCUCCACACAAGUUCCAGGUGUGUCUUGAAGCCAGG